AUGACUGAACCACGAAACGGUGCUGGGCUUGGGCGUCUCCCGUUAUUUGGCGCCCAUAAAUGGAUGAUGGCACAAAGAGUAACGCGCAUAGGUCCGCUGCCUGGGGGUCGCCAGGGCGCGUCUGGAGCUGGCGCUGGACGCGGCAGCAUGCGGGCCGCCAACCAAGCGCGAGGAGCUGCACGAUCACCUAGCAGCCCUCCGCAUCCAUCAUCCCCACCAGAAGGCUUGAUGUCGGCUGGGUCUUCUCGGACUCAGCAAGCGACACCCGCCGCUGGUGGAGCACGUCGCAUGCGUUGGUUACAAAUAAUGAAUGCAAACGCACUGCGGGCGUACUUUAGGGCAAAAGGGGAAGAAACCGGAUGUUUGGCAUAUCGGGCGCGGAUGCAUCGCUUUUUUGCAGAGCUGGAGCAAUCUCUAUCCGUCACUGAGCAAAACCUGGCAGACUGA